AUGCAGAACCCUUGGUUCUCUGAUGGUCGUGCUUCCCGCCUGAACCCCUCGUCUCUCGCCGCCGAUGAAGGUCUUCUUCCUCCUCCACCUAUCCCUCCUGACCCCCCUGAUCCCUCUCCCCUGUCAAUAGCCCAAUUCCCUCCUCUCUCAUCCCCGUCUAACCCAAAGCCCAAAGCUUCUCCACAAACUGCUCCGUCUAAGGUGCCAGUGGAGCAAAGCUCUGUUCUUGGUUCUCCAACUACUACUGAUGUUGAGAUGUCGCAGGCGAGCCCUGGUGCUACUGCGGAACUUCCAAAAACUCAGUCAAUCCCUUCCAUUAUCGCUGAUUCCUCCACUGUUCAGAUAGAUCCAAAAACUAUCUCUACUGUUCAAAAAACCCUAACUCAAAAGAAAAAUUUUACCACUCUCCCUCCUAAAUCCUCCAAUCCCCUUCACACAAAUAAAGCCUCAUCCUCCAAAACCUCCCCUGCAACUACCUUACCAAACCCUAUCGCCCAGACGGCUGAACCAGUACUACCUAACCCAAAUAACCUUCCUCCUAAACCACUACCUGCUCCUACUCUAGCUGAGAGGAUCAAAGUCUUCGAAGAUAAAUCGCUAAUGAGAUUAGCGCCAAUUGCUUACUCUCUAGAAGGAGUGCCAAGGGUCCUGAUCCCGGAUGAAGUCUUCGAGCAAGGUGCAGAGAUUCACAAAGACUUUAUCGUCUGCUACUUCAAUGGAAGAGCCCCACCUUAUAGCCAAAUCCAGAGUGUCCUAAACCAUAUGUGGGGCAAAGGAAAAAGGUUAGAAAUUCACAAUAACCUAGCAACUAGAUCGAUGAUAGUUCGAAUCCAAAGUGACUACUUACGAUCCAAGAUACUGGAAAAGGGGGUAUGGUAUGUGGGUGACUCGAUGUUCCACACAGCGCAAUGGACCGCCGAUCACUCGUCGGAUCCAACACCACAAAUCACGAUGCAGCUAUGGGCGCACCUCACGGGAGUUCCCCUUAACCUGAGACAUCACUUGACCCUUGCCCAUGUAAAAGUGGAAGUAAAACUUACCAAGGAACUUCCUCGAGUUGUGGAGUUUGAAAGAACGAGUGGAGCAGUAGUUGAAGUCCUUGUGGAUUACCCUUGGAUGCCUCCGACAUGUUCCCAUUGCAAAGAACUAGGCCACAUCGCAAAGAAUUGCCUCCUGUUACCAGUUCUUGAGAAGGUGAUCCAACCGCCUGUUACAAAGGGCCAAACAAAGAAAGAAUAUCAGCGGAAAAAUAAAGGAAUACCUGAUUCUGAGAAGACUCCGGAGAUCCCAAAGGUCACUCCUAAUCCAAAAAACUCAAUUGACUUUCCUCCAAAUGAAGCUCAAUCCCUUACUCCAGCUGUCUCCCCCCCUCUACCUCAGGGAGACAAAAACUCCAUUUAUUCUGGUGUGGAUGGCAGGCAGGCCUAUAUUUAUUGGUUUCAAUAG